GGCCGCAUCACAAGCGCACACCGCACGACCACGCUACCUACCACGAGUUUUCGGACGGCAUCGUCGCGAGACGGAUCUUUUUCUCGGCGUUCCCUUCGUCACCGUGGAUUCCUCGUUUCUCGUCUGUUUCUCUCUUUUCCUUUCUUUCUCUCGCGAAACUGUUUAACCGUUUGUUGUGAUUAUCAUCGCGAUUGGACGAGGCGCGAUUUUUAUACAUCGAUUAAACGUUCGUGUGUCUCGCUUUGUGCGGCCGGGUGAUAGACAUGUUCCGCGCCUUCGUGCACUCAAAGAUAUCACGCGUUAUGCGACUUCACCAUAUCCUCAUGACCAUCACGGAUACUUGUAAGAAUUAAAGUCGAAUGGCUGUACAGACAAGAUUCAUGCGCAGAGGCGCGGUGAAGCACGGAAAGCACAGCGAUGACGCUCCCGGUCUCGAGCUACGAGGAGCUUCUCAUACAGGUUCGUGAGCUUACUCACGAAACGAUUCUCCUGCAACGUCAAUUGUCUUCCGAUCUCCUCGACAACGCGAACUCGCCAGACGUGAAUCACAACUUCUCCUACGUACGGAAGAAGUACGAGAAAGAGAAACUUCUGGCGGAUAACGUGAUACGGCAUUGCGAUAAAACGCUGCAGGAAACCGAGACAGGACAGGAUCCCCUUGCUGAAUGCAACAAUCUGAGAUUUUGGCCACGAUAUUGUCGCGACUUAGAAUCCACCGAGAACAGUCGUGCGGGCGAUCUUACCAGCCGACUUCUGCUUUGGCAAAGUCGCGACCGUCACCCGAUAAUAUUGCAGGAGAACGCGGAAACCCACCGGGAUAGAUCGCGCGCAACGGAGGGUCGCGUGUCGUGCAGCUCGUCGUCGGCGAUAACGGCGGCGGCGGCAGCGGCGGCGGCGGCGGCGACGGUGAGCAUCGGGGUGGAAGGCGUCGCCAGUGCGUGGAGCGCACAGAGGGAACGGCAGUCGUCGCCGCCACCCCUGGCAUCGCGCAGGCUGGACUCGGCUGCCGACGCCGCAGCAGCGUCAUUCAACCCUAUCGUCACCGCCACCACCGCCACCAUCACACAGAGAUGCGCCGCUGUGAAGGGCGCCGCCGUCGUCGAUGCCGCAGCGCCGAGGCCGCCACGUAUUUACCUUCCUCUCGUCGCUGAAAUUCGUAAGGAGGAUGCCAUGGAGCCGGAGACCAAGGAGGAAGACGAACGACGCUCGUCAACACCGAGUCCCGAGUUUUACCUGAGGAGAAGUAAACAUUACAAUGAGGAUGGCAGCAGCGAAGAGGAAGCUAAACAGAAUAGCACUUCCCUGUCUAGCCACAGGCUACCGUCUUCGUAUCGCGGAACGUGGCCCAUCAGAAGAGACGUAUGGGCUAAUCAGCAGAUUGGCUUUCCGGCCCAGCAGAGCACAUCACUCGCUGCGCACAAUGAUGUCGCCAGCGUAAUGAGUUUCUCAUCAUCGAACUCCGCGGGUCUCGAAGGCAAUUCCGCGGAGCUGCAAGGUCACCGGCGUUUAGGUGCAAAGGUGGACGUGGUGUACAAUCUACUGGGUAUGCUCGAGAAGAAUGGCCGGGAUGAUAUGAGCACGACUUUGCUCUCUAUGAGUACUUCCAUAGACAGUUGCCUGGUAAUGAGACAGUCCGGCUGCCUGCCGCUACUGGUACAGCUGAUUCACGCGCCUGGACAGAAUCCUGAUACUCGGGACAGAGCUAUGCAGGCGUUACACAACGUGGUGCAUGCCAAGAGUGACGAAAGAGCUGGUCGCCGGGAAGCGCGAGUACUUCGCUUUCUCGAGCAACUGCGCGACUAUUGUCAAAGUCUGAGGAUGUUCUUAGAACAAGAUCAGCACACGGACGAUCUUGAGAGGGGACACCCCGCAGCGACAAUAGCCGCGCUUAUGAAGCUAUCCUUCGAUGAGGCACAUCGCCACGCAAUGUGCCAGCUAGGCGGUCUCCACGCGGUCGCUGAACUCAUCGAGAUGGAUCACUUGGCUCAUGGCAGCGAGAACGACGAUCAAAAUUGCAUCACGUUGCGACGAUACGCGGGAAUGGCGUUGACCAACUUGACCUUCGGCGACGGUAAUAACAAGGCACUGCUCUGCUCCUUCAAGGAAUUUAUGAAGGCGUUAGUCUCGCAGCUGAGAAGUCCCAGCGAUGACCUUAGACAAGUAACGGCGAGCGUUCUAAGAAAUCUGUCCUGGCGCGCCGACAGUAGCAGCAAACAGACUCUGAGGGAAGUGGGCGCGGUGAUAGGUCUGAUGAAAGCCGCCAUGGAAGGCCGCAAAGAAUCUACCCUCAAAUCAAUCCUGUCCGCUCUGUGGAAUCUGUCGGCCCACUGCAGUACGAACAAAGUCGAUAUUUGCGCCGUGGACGGCGCCUUGGCCUUCCUCGUCGACAUGCUGAGCUAUAAGGCGCCAUCCAAGACGCUUGCAAUAGUCGAAAACGCCGGUGGUAUUCUGAGAAACGUAUCGAGCCACGUAGCGGUGCGAGAGGAUUAUCGAACUAUCGUAAGGGAGAGAGGCUGUCUACAAGUUCUUCUACAGCAAUUGAGAUCGCCCAGCUUGACAGUAGUCAGCAAUGCCUGCGGAGCGCUCUGGAAUCUGUCCGCGCGAUGUCCCCAGGAUCAACGUCUUCUUUGGGAUCUAGGCGCCGUACCGAUGUUGCGCAGUCUUGUUCACUCCAAGCACAAGAUGAUCUCGAUGGGUUCUAGCGCAGCCUUGAAGAAUCUACUGAGCGCAAGACCCGGCUGUAACAAUCUCGUCCAUUUGGACUCCACCGCUCGCGGACUAGGACUGUCGACCUUGCCGAGCCUAGCCGCCCGCAGGCAGCGGGCACUGGAGCAGGAGAUUGAUCAGAAUCUGGCUGAAACGUGUGACAACAUCGAGCCGAGCACGUCGCCGACUAACAAAGAUGAUAAGUUUACAUUCAAACUUGAUCACAGCUUCCUCGGCAUUAAUGUUCAUGGAGUGCGCUCCUAUCAGUUGCACAGUCAACCCAGCACAUCCACCGCCAAGUGUAACGGAGUCACCAGGAGCGAGAGUAAAGACUCGAUGCGUUCUGUGACGAGCACACAUUCCGACACCAUGUUUGAGCGAGUAAAUCGUCAUGUUCUGAAUGGGACGUCACUUACCGACUCGCAGAUCAAGCAACAAUCCUCGUCACUGCAUUCCGCCGUCGGAUUCAGCAACAAUGGCGUGUGCGGUGACUCUCACGUAAAAGCCACUUCCUCCGAGAGAAAAUACACCUUGCGUUACAAGAACGCGUCACCAGAACAACUAAGACCGUCCGACGUUUUCGAUCCGACGUUAAACGAACUGAGAUGCACGAAUUCUACUAUAUCGUGGGCUGCAGUGCCCAAUCAAGAACCUUCUCAGACCUCGCUGCACUCAUCCAUCGAGAACAACAUGUCUCUAAUCGAUCAAAGCAUGUCUUCGUCCAAGGCUGGUAGUCAAUCUAGCGUGUCCGAGGAAGUCGAAACGAUUGUCCGCGUUAAAUCGGAUUAUCGGCGAACAACCGCGAACACAGCUAUCGACAAUUCGAAGUCAGCCUCCUAUCUGCCUGAUGUUCCUCCUAUGAAAGAGAACGCGAGAAAAGUCUUAUUGCACCAACACGACGCGUUAAACAGUAUUCAGAAGGCAAUAUCGCCCGCAACGAUCGUUCACAGUCCGGACGAUAAUUUAUUCGGUGAUUAUGCCGAAACAGAUUUGGAUCAACCAACCGACUAUAGUUUGCGCUACGGCGAGCAAACUAUAGACGAUGAGAAACAACAUUCCGACUUCUUCACGAGCACUGAUCAAGGACUCGUGCACGAGGACACGGUCAAGACUUAUUACACGGAGGGUACGCCGCGCGAGUCCUUGAAUUCGUCCAGAGCCACUUCCGCUUCCGAUCUGCAGGAUGAUAGCCGUAUAAGAAGCUCGUCGAAGAAAUUACCGGAGCAAUAUAAGGCGAGUCGCGUGGAGGAUCAUGGUGAAUGCAAAGUGUCGUUCUUGACAGACGUACCAAAACUGAAGGACUUUACCGAAUCGGAAACGGAAUUAAAUUUACGAGACGUGACGCAUCUUACGGAUGAUGAGAGCACGAAUCGUUCGUUACCGUAUCUUGAAGAAGAUAUGAGCAAGCGUCUCAAAGGCAAUCGGGAGGACGCAAUCAUGCAAAGCCAUUCAAGUAUCAGAACAACGCCAAUUUCGAUGAUAUUAGGAAACUCUGAAUAUAAUGACGAUCAUGAGAAGGAAUCUAGUUCUAGGAUUAAUAGUCUAGACUCCAAACAAAAUAGUAAAGUAAAUAAAGAUUUACCAUCGAGUGACAUUGAACUCUCAUCUAGCAGCACUGGUUUAAAGACUUCUAAUAACGAUUCAGGAUAUCAAGUUAGCGAUGGAGACGAGGAUGACGAGGAUUUAUUAGCUGCUUGUAUUAACAUUGGAAUGCAAAAUAAUCGGCAUAGACAUUCUUUCAUAGGAAAUAAUCUUGAAAAACUUCCUCGAUCAGAAACUAAUUUGACUCGAUAUCAAACUAGUCUUGCUUUAGAUCAAGUCGAACAUAAAGGAAUUGUGUCCGACAGUUCAUCGUUUAAUAUAAAAUAUGCAGAGUCUCGUGGAACAGCUGAAAAUGUUUUGACAGAAAAGAAUAGAAAGGACGCGAAAGAUAAUGAAAAAUUGUCUAAAGAGAAUCUUCAUCCGACAACAAUAACAGUAAUGACAAACGUGAAUGGCGUGGAUAAUGAGAAAUCGAAUAACGCUACCAUAAAAACAUUAAAGGAUAACAAUCUCGGCAAUAAUUUCUCAGAAGGAAAAAUAUCUGCAUUACAGAAAUCUAAUGCAUCUUUAAAUACAAACAUUUCCAAUAAUUUUGUCAUAACUGAUGGUACAGAUCAAAAUAACUCCAUUAGAAUAGACGAAGCAAUAACUGAUGUUCGGCUCGCAAAUAUACCAUCUAUGAAGCAAUCAAAAGAUUUCGAAAGCAACGAGUCGAUCGACUCUGUCGAACAGUCUGAACAUGCGCUUUUAGAAUUGUGUAUUCAACCCGGGAUAAAAUCUGAAAGCAACAUUGCUUUUGACAAAAGCAACGCAGAUUACGUUAAGUCACAACUAGAAUUGUACAACAAACAAGUAGAUUUCAUAAAAGGAAAAAAUAAUGAUGAAAUUGACGAGAUUGACGGUAACGUGAACGGAAAACCAGAAGCAACCUUCGAAAUCGUGAGGACCUCGGAUGUUCUGCAUCGCGGUAGCGCGGAGAAGCAUAUAAAAGAAGAGACAUAUAGACGGCAGAGAGAUCCCGAUGCUAUGAUUGCUUCAUUAGAUCGACUGACAGCAACGUUAGUUCAGCAAACUGAAGCGAUACGUGAACGGGACUCUGGUACAAUGAAACAGAGUUUGACGUGCGACACAUGGAAUGAGGAUUCGCCCAAUGACAUUUCUUUCCCCAGCAUCAGCAUGAGCGCACCACUAGUUGCUUCGUUCAACAGCGACGCGCAGGAAGAUCAGCGCGCUACCAUAUCGGAAAACAAUGAGCAAAUCAACAUGACGGAAUCGAAGAUCAUUCAACGUGAGGCUAUCAAGCUGGCAGAAGCGGUGGAUGCGGAGACGAGCAAUCAGAAUGAUUUCGAAACAACGAGUCUAGCAUCCAUCGAUCUCGAAGCGAUCAAACCGCCAUCCUCGAUGGGAAGUUUGCUCUCAUUGACUGCAAGCUACGCCGGCACUGCUGACAAUACUGAGAUAUUCGUCAAUCGCGAUAGAUGUUACUCCACGUCGUUGCCACCGGCGCCAGUGAAAAAUCCCAAUGAUCCUCGCAACGUGCGGAAGAAGUCCUUGCCGGUCGGCGUGGUGGCGAAGCGAGCAUUGGGUCAGAGUCAGAGUCACACGACUAGUUUGGAGAAUCUGCUGAACGAGUGCACUAGCUCGCAUUUGGAAAAUGUCAAGCCGCCGUCUAUGAUGGACGAAUUGCCGGAUGUAGGUGACAUGGAGAAUAGCAUGUUGAGCGUAGCCAGUAUCACGUCGGAAAUUGCGGAUUCGAAGGAGCAAGACUCGCACAGUCUGACUGGCAGUGACCCGGCGGUGUUCGAAAUGCUGAAGCCAGUUGCCAACGUGCUGUCAAUGACGUGUAUGCGUUACGUCGAGGGCAGCGCGAAUAACAGCCUGAGCGAAUGCCUCGAAAACAUCAAUCCGCCAUCCUUGUUCAACGAAGUGACCGAAAUGGAUGAGUCCACGAUGGAGGCGACCACUGAUACUAUGUGCAGUGACACUUUGUGCAUAGAUAUGGAUUUGCACACCGACGAGGCGGUGCACUCGAUCGUGGCGGAGGUGAUAGACGAAGCGGAGAACGACACUGACGAGGCGGCUACGCCAAUCUCGUCUGAAUAUUGUGUCAGCAGCUCGGCGGAAUCGACGCCGAAGAAGCGACCGCACUCGAGGAACUACUUGACCCCGAAGCAAAAGCGAAACUUGGCAAAGGAGAGAUACAAGACAUAUACCAUUGCUGCAGAGAUCGUCAAAAAGGAAGAGGAAGAACGUCGGAGGCAAGACGGUGUUGCCAGUGACGCGGGUGAUAGAAUUCCACGCAGAAAAUGUUCUCCCUUUUCGAAACUGACGCCAAAGCAACGUAGACAAGAAAAUAGAGCGAGAUUUCAGACACAAGUGCUGGGGAAUCCCUUCCCAGAUCUGAGUAUGGCUCAAACUAAGGAAGAGACGGCACACAGGAUGACCGUUGAAGAUGCUGUCGAGAAGCUGCAAGAAGCUACAUCUCCCGCCAAGUCCUCGAUUCCUAUGCUCACGAAGUUACCCAUGUGCAAAGCAUUGAGAAGAAAACGCGGGGAUUCACAUGAAAGCAAGGAGAGAUAUCGCACCAGGACAUUGAACGAUUCGGAAACCAUGUUCAAGGAAACCGAGCGCAGUACCGAGUAUCGAACUUCGAGCGUCGACUCGACGGAAGUGCGACAAGCGAGCGCGCAAGAAUGUAUGCGGGAGGAAAUUCAAAAUAUGCUAGAACAGAACGCUACUAUCGUGCUGAACACUCUGAAUGAGUCAAGUAAAGCUAAUAAUUCAACCGGAGAUAAUAUUUCGCGUUGUGCAACCGUAACCUUGGCGUCGAACGAGCCUAAAGCUGACCAUAAUCUAAGACUGCAUUGCGUAAACGGACUUUCAAGAAAAUUGAUGGGUACACAAUAUGCCAAAAGUUCCAUGGCGAACAUUGACAGUGAGAAACAAUUAGAAGGUGAGCACGUAGAAGUCGCUUACGAGGACUUGGCAGACCUAGCUGAUUCAGGCAGUGAAGACGAAGAGUCUAAUUGCGCCGACGAGGGACAGGAAUCCAGGGAGACAAAAAGGCCACGGAUAAUCAAGCCGGGAAUGUCAGGUCGAGAUCCAAGCGUGGAUUCCAAUGGGACGGAUAAAUCGGAGCCGGAAAGCCCAAAAGCUAUUCGAGGACGAAGGAAGGCGCUUUAUUCCAAUCCAAUAACGCGAAAGCCGACCCCGCAAUCCUCGCCGUUGAAGCAAGUGAACCUUGUCAGCGGGAUACCAAUAGGUCGCAGCAACACUUCACCCAUCGUCAGAGCUACCAGAGCUACCACUUUACGGCAAAAUAAUAAUAGCACGACGAUUGCUACGAAAGAUUUUCCGAAAUCCGCGAAAUCUAACACGAGCCCGAAGAGGACUUUGCUUCCUGCAGACACCGAAAAGAAGACACGAAAUUUGGCGAUUGUAUCCAAGAGGGCCUCCGUGCCUCAAAAGGGAUCCACGUUAACAUUCACAAAACCCACUAAACGUCACAGCACACCUCCGGCUUGCUCGUCGAACUAUCAAACCGACAGCAAACCGCCGGAGGUCCCGAUCAAGCUGUUGGAGCGUCAAGGAACUUUCACAAAGGACGAACCGGAGGUGGAGAACGCUCCGACGGUGCAUUCCGCGUCUUCUUCUCCGAUAAAGACGAGGAUCGCCAAACCGAUCAGAGGUGCCUCGUCCAAGAUAUAUCCGGCAGUGGGAAAAUCUACCUCCGUAAAAGCACAACAAGAAUAUCAGCCAAAAAUGACGAUAGCUAUUAGCUCCGAGAAAAUGCAACCGUCUAAAGGAUCGUUAAUGGCACCGAAGAAAAUAUCGUCUGGAAAAACGGGUGUGCCAACGAAAGUUCUUAACGGUAACGUACUCCAGAAUGACAAGACUGUUCGGAAGAUUGAUCCAUUGGGGCAACGAUCUAAUAGUAACUCCAGUAUAGUUUCCAAUUCAUCUGUGAGCGUACAAAAUCGCAAGUUGGCGAAGGAAGCAACGAGUAAGAUCGCGAGCCUCUGGAAGAAGGUCGAGGAGAGCAAGAAUAAGCAGCGUUUCGAAAAGGACACUAGGCAGUGGAUAAGACCCGCCAAUAGCGCCGAGGUGGACGCCGCAGCUGCUGUUACACUCGACGACCCGCCGGCGUACAGAUUGUUCCGCAGUUCUACGUUCGAGGGAAUUUCCCAGGAGGACAGCUGCAGCGACAACGAGACGUUCCCCUACAAAUCCAGUCGACCGCCGGUUUUGGGCGCGCAGAUUGGAUCUGGCGGUGUCAAGUACAGGAACUCUUGCGACUUGACGAGCAUAAAUGCCCAUGAGACGCUCUGCAGGAUUCCAGUGAAAUCGUCCGAGACGUACAAACGGGAGAUCACGCAGUUGAGCGAUAUCCUGGUGACCAUGAGGAAGCAAUCGAGCGACGAUCUCGCGGCAGAAGCGGACCCCACCAAGAGAAUAUCCAGGCUUGGUUCUUUCAUCCGCGUACCAGAUCCAACGACGGCAACGGCGGAGAGCAGUAGCAGUAGCGUGCGGACGCCAGCUUCAGCGAUCGUGCCGCCAUUCAACUACAAUCCGAGGCCAGACAUUCCAUCGCAAGCGAUCAAAACCAGAUCGGACGAGGAUCAGGAUAAAUUCGAGGCGGCGGAUCGCCACGCGGAAAUAACCACGGGGUCUGCUCGAGUAACAACGGUAUAGGGAGAGACGAAUCCUCUAAACGAAAAGCGUGAAUAAGUUCUGUAAUAAUCGCCUCCUCUUCAUUCUUGACUAGUCAUUGUGUAUAAUUCGCUUGCUAUAUAUAUGUUUUGUCCGCACACACAUUCGUCAUGUGAUAUGCAUUACAAGUAGAUAAUUUUAAUCAUUUCCCCCCCCCCCUCUCCCCCUUUGUCUUGUUACGUACGCGUGUACGCGUUGACGCGCAUACAAGUCUUUCAAUAUUUUAUCCAGGAUAAAAAAUAAUUACGGUACAAUAUCCGUAAUCUCGUACACGAUGCCAAUUUCUUCAAUAACGACAGAAAUGUGAAAUAUUAAUAGGAAAUCUCAAGAUCAUUCCUGUCCAUUUUGUCUGUUGUAUAUAUACAUGAUAUAGAAUAAUUCCGAGUUUAAAAGAGAGAGAGAGAGAGAGAGAGAGAGAGAAUCAGUCGAAAAUCCAUAGUGCAUAGCGGUGAUUCUGAUCGGUUAUUUAUUCAAUUUUGUAUAUAUAUAUAUGUCGAUAUAAUGAGUGAAGGAUGUAGAAAGAGUUUUUAGUAGCACGUUUAAACUUAUGUAUAACACGAUGCGCUGAUGAUACAUUGCUAAUGAUACAUCUUCGUAUUUGAAGUUGAAAAAUCGAAGAGAGAGAGAGAGAGAGAGAAGAGGCAAUCUGUAUUUUAUUUCCUUCAUAUUAAUCGAUUCGUACCAUUUCUUAACAAACGGAUAUAAAGUCUAAUUACUUUUUUGAAGACUGAUAAGUACUAGACGAUGAAGAUCUGGAAUAAAGUUAAAAAAAAAUUAAUGAGAAAGUACCGUUUGUAUCGACUGUGAGCGUAGAACGGUCUAAGUAGUUUGCUAAAAAUGGCAUUACAAUAACGGGGGCAAACAUUUUAUAAGAUGAUUACUUUGUUUCUAGUCUACAAGGCAAUAUAUCGUCUAUUUUCGUCAUAUACUACAUGUAUUAUGAAUACUCGUUUCACUUAUAAACAGCCUAUCAAAAUCCCCUUCGGAAAUAAAUGUAAAGGGAUGUAUAGAUCAGUGACAUCAGACAUAGAUCUGAGAUCAAAAUGCUACGUAUUUAAUUAUUACAAUAACAUUUUUUUAUCUUUCAUCAAAGAUUCAAUGCAGACGAGCAGCUGCAAUAUUUUUUUUAAUUUUUAGUUUCGUUUUUAAUUUUAUCUUUAAUCUUCAUUUCUUAUCCUUUAUAUCGUGUCAAUUUUCCUUUUGUGUGGGAGUCAGAUCAUUACCAAACUCUCACCAGAAGGAGAUUAUUUGGUACAUGAACUAGAAUUUAUUAUAUUUAUUAGUUUAAUCGAGAAAAAAAACCUCUUCUGUCAGCAAUUCUACUCUGCUCCAGUUCGAGUUAAUUAAAUUUAACUCUGCCAACUUGGAACCACGUCAGGGUAACUUUAUGUUAUUCUUCAACAAAUGUAUUAUUUUUUUUUAAUAUUAAAAAUAUCUACACUAUUCUUGUAAUGUCAUUUUCAUUUCGCUCUAGGUUUUAAGAAUAAUUUGUUACAUAUCGCGUUUUAAAUUCGUCAGAUACCUUUAUGGUUUGUACAUUAUUACUUGCAGUACAAUAAAAUUUAUAGCUAAGAAUAUUCCCCGGUCUUUAUCAUAAUCUAAACUUUGAAGGAAAUGUGUCAUCGGUUGUUUGCAACUAAUAAACAGAAUAAAAAGUG